AGAAAAGAAGCAAAGCGACAACUUAGGAAAUAUAUCUACAGAAGUCAACAAGAAGUACUAAGGAGUGGAGCUAUGGAGGUUUACAAGGUUCUCGUCGUUGUCCUCGCAAUUUUUCUUCACCGUGGAGAUGGCCGGGCAACCGGGUUUAACAAAAUCGUGCAUAGAAUUCAUGGUGGAGUUCCGUCCAUGCAGGGUGCUGCCGCAUGGAGACAAAAGAGGUCCCCUGGUGACGAGCCCAGUUGUUACACUGGCAGAUUCGUGUCAUUCAGUUUGCCGAGCAACAACACAGUUAUUGUUCCCGUAUGUAAGAAGAUUACGUCAUCCACAACCGCAUGUUUCAGUUCGAUGGCAAACAACAACAACCAGAGGAAAUGUGUUCCAUCUCAUAUGAUCACAAUGGAAGGAGUGGCGUUUAACACAGCCUGUUCAUGUGCACCAUAGAAUACCUAAAGCUCCAACCUUGCGGACUCGAUCACGAUUCAGGGUCUUUUAGGCAAAAACUUUAUUUAUAACCGGCAGCAACUGCUGUUGAGAACUGUUGCAGUAUUUAUCACAGUAUCAUGUGUGUGCCUCAUAUUUAUAUGUAUGUAUUUAUGACUUUAUCCAAAUUCAAAAGAUAAUUGCUGACCUGCAUUGUCAAUCGUUUUCGAAAA